AUGAUAUCUAAAAUAGAAGGCAUCUCAGGAGAAACGCUGCGCUGUGGGUCAGUGCGUGUACGCGAUCAUAAAUUAUAUACUGGUCCCCCAGCUAUGAGACUUCCAGUAACGUUAAAAAGAGUUUUUGAAACUGCUAGGACCAAUGGUGGAACACCUGUCAAGAUUGACCAAGUAUCAGGCUGGGUUAAAAACGUUCGUCCUUUAAAGACAAUCACAUUCGUUGAAAUUCAGGAUGGAACUACUUUGCAAGAUCUAACAGUUGUGUUGAAACAAGGCGCUCCAUCUUUCAAACCAUCUUUGGGCCAAUCUGUCACCGUUUUGCAUCCGGAGAUCGUUCAACGGAAGAAUCAACAAUUCGAAACCUUGUGUAUGCCGGAAAACUUAAAGCUGAUUGGACCUACAGUAGAGUAUCCGGUCCAAAACAAACAGACUUCAUUACCGACACUAAGAAAAUUACCUGAGUUCAAACAUCGUACCACUUAUUUAUCUAACCUUUUAAGAUUUCGUCAUAAGGUAGAGUCACAAUUGACAAAGACGUUAGAUGGGUUAGAUUUUACGAUGGUGAGACCACCAAUUUUAACGUCAAUUGACUGUGAGGGUGCUGGAGAAAUGUUUAACUUGAAACAAGACCAUUGGGACGAAAUAGUGAACCUUACAGUCUCUUCGCAGUUACAUUUAGAAGUGCUUAUGAUGGGGCUUGGAAGAGUGUAUUGUUUGCAACCUUGUUUUCGUGCUGAGAAGAGUGAUACAAACAGACAUCUUUGUGAAUUCUGGAUGUUAGAAGUGGAAGCAUCGUUCGUUGAUAAAAAUGAGUCUCUCAUGGACCUUGUUGAACUUAUGGUGAAAAGCGUUGUCUUAUCAUUAUCCGAAACAAAAGAUCUUCCCAAAUAUUUCCCAGUCGGAUGUAAUAUCGAUAUCACCAGCAGAUGGGCGAAAUUACUACAAGAUUGGAAAAGAAUCACUUAUACUGAUGCAGUAGAAGCAUUGCUAUCGAGUGGUGUGAAAUUCGAACAUGAUUUAGCAUGGGGCAAAGAUUUAAACAGUGAACAUGAAAGAUGGCUCUGUGAUCAUUUUGGCGGUCCUGUUUUCGUGACCAAUUACCCUCGCGAUUGCAAAGCAUUUUACAUGAAAUUAAGGCCUGACGGUACUACUGUUGAAUGUUUCGAUCUCUUGUUCCCAGAGAUUGGAGAGAUCGUAGGAGGAAGUGUCAGGGAAGAUGAUUAUGACACUUUAAAGCAAGAAAUUGAAAGAAGAGAUAUGGCAUCAAAUCAACUCGAUUGGUACUUAAACCUACGAAAAGAGGGUACAGUACCUCAUGGUGGAUUUGGAAUUGGUAUCGAACGGUUAGUAUCUUACUUAUACGGAAAUCCAAACAUCCGGGACAGCAUUCCAUUCCAUAGAACUGCCGGCCAAAUUGAUUUAUAG